AUGAGCAGGGAGUGUCAUCUACCCCAUUACAUGGCGCAGAGCGGCUCUGCCAGGGGCAUGUUCAACACCACCGUGGGGAAGCUGCAGCGCCAGCUGCGGAAGGGGGAGUAUGACAUGUUGAAAAAUGUCCUGAUCUUGGAGAGCGACUUUAUUCAGAUCAGCAGAAGGGGAGAGGUGGGUGACAUGCACCACCGCAUGUCAUCGGUGACUGUGGGCAGCGCAUGCACCAGCCCCAUGCUCCCCCUUCCCGACAUCAUGCUCCUGGCCCGACCGGCCACCAGCUGCGUGGAGCCUCCUGCCCGGGGCACCAAGGGGAGAGGCCGCAGUUGUAGCACGGCUUUAGAGCUCACCAGGCUCCUGCCCCUGAAGUUUGUGAGGAUCUCUGUCCUUAAUCGGGAGAAACAGCAGCUGCACCUGAAGUUUGUCACUGGCCCUUCUUACUACCUGCAGCUGUGUCCCCCUCUAGAUGGCCGGGAAGACCUCUUUAGUUACUGGGAACAACUAAUUUAUCUCCUGCGACCCCCAGUGGAAGGUAACAGCAAUACCCACGCCGUUCCAGCUGAGGACGUGAGAUGCACGCCCGUGUUUAAGGAAGUUGACAGAACAAGCACAGCAAGUAGGGAUUUCCUUGGAAUGGGUGACCGGGACCAAGUCAGCAUCAGGAGCCUCCACGUGUUGUCGGAGGUGUCUGAGGCCUCCUCUGCUGCUUUUUCCGGGGGACAGGGGAUCAAAUAUGCCUCCCAGAAACCCACUAGCACACCGGACGUGUCCACCCCCAAACCUGCACAGCCUGCCAAAGGGGCCGCGUCUGGGGCACUAGCAGGGGCGGCAGGAAAGGGCACCGCAGCAGGCUUCAUGGGCGCGACAGAGUCUACGUCUGCAAAUUUUGAGUCCAUCAAUGUGGCAAUAGCAGGAGCAGCUGCCAAGGGACCAGGAGGAAACAGAAGCAUCAAGGCCAUUGCGUGUAUCGCCAGCGUUCCCUCUAAGAGAGCUAAGUUUACCGUGGCACAUGCUGCAACCAUGUUCAACACCACCGUGGGGAAGGUGCAGUGCCAGCUGUGGACGGGGGAGUAUGACAUGUCGAAAAAUGUCCUGAGCUUGAAGAGGGACUUUAUUCAGAUCAGCAGAAGGGGAGAGGUGAGUGACGUGCACCACCGCAGCUCAUUGGUGACUGCGGGCAUCGCAUGCACCAGCCCCAAGCUCCCCCUUCCCGACAUCACGCUCCGGGCCCAACUGGCCACCAGCUGCGUGGAGCCUCCUGCCUGGGGCACCAAGGGGCAUACACACAGUACAGCGGUUUCCACCACCAUCUCUCCAGAGAGCAGCAUGAAUGCAGAAGCCCAGAAGCCAAGAGGGAAUAUGCGGAAACAAAGGGAUAAGGACAGCGCCCUCUGGAGGAAGAGUUCCCGCCCACCCAAGACAGGUGCAAGUCAGAAGACUAAGGCACCCGAGGUGGGCCAAACAUCACUGGGCCGUUCCUUGGCCAACCGCAGAUCCACGGAAGUGGACAAGAAGGAAAAAAGCCUUGGGAGCCCAGGGGACAGCAGGCGUGCUGCCACUCAGAAAAUUAGCAACCACACACCCAGCACAAAGGAAUCUAAAACAUCUCCCAAAUCAGGGAGGAGCCUCUCACCAGGGAGUUUGGGCUCUAUGAACUCCAGGCACAGCAGGAUAAGCUCCUUCUUGAAAAAUGUGAAAGCCAAACUUAGGGAAAAAACAGCAGCCUUGCCCCGUGGUACGGAGGUGGCCGUGUCUGAGACGGUGGAGGGGAGCAGCGUGGCGGUCACCCUGGAGACAGCAGAGUGUGACCAAGCGGUCACCAUCGGUGUCAUGACAGCUGAGACUGUGGAGUCCGUGAUCUCUGAAGCCCGGGAAAUAGCCAGAGCCAGAAGCGCCACAGAGGACCGGGGCCCAGGGGAGUAUCCCCACAGGGACGGCUCCCGGCCUUCCCCAAUGCUGUUCAAAUAA